GCAUGAUGUUCAUGAGAUCGUAAAAGAUUUCUGUAGAUGGAGAUGAUUGACUGAUGAGUAAAGGAGUAAAAAUAGUCUGCCGAAUAGAAUGGAUCUCAUCUCGAUGAGUAGCCUAACUUGGUCUCUGUCAAAUUUGAAGUAUAAACAUAGAAUUAAUAUGACUCUUGAAGACUACCUUAUGUAGUAUAAAAGGACGGAAGUUCUCAAGCUAUUCAGAGAUCAUAUCAGAUCAUCAAGCACUCACAACUCUCGCAACUCCUAAAGUCGCUCAAGUCGCUCAAGUCAUCCUUAAAUCACUUAUCCAGUUACACAAGUAUCACCAUAAAUCAUGAAGUUCUUCGCUACAGUUGUUACCGGGCUCUCGCUUGCCCUCCAAGCUGAAGCUGCGUGUCCCACGGUUGACCAGAUCCGUACAUGGAUCAAGGACCAAGGACACAAGCUCGACAAAACCGUCUUCUACACCAGCCCGUACAGCACCAACCGGGACGCCAUGAACUACGCCAACAAGAUCAACGGCAAGUUCUGGGGCAACAUCUACCCCAACGACCAGUACUACGAGUGGCUUGGUGAAUGUGGCCCCGGACCAGCUCAGGACGAUCUUGCCCCUCGAAUGUCCGAGGCUCUCGCGAGAGAGACUACAGACUCGGCGUAUAUCUUGUUAAAGAAGGGCUCGGCUCCUCGACCCGAGUCGGUUUUCAUGAAAUACGAAUAUCCAAACCUUAAGGUAAAGGUCUACGCAGUCAAUCCGGAUGACACCGACGAGAAGAAAGAAUGGACUCCGGGCACGAACUGGAAGAGAGCAGUCCCCUUUGGAGAUGUUCCUAUGUAAAUAUAAGCGUGGUAAAACAGAGAUGGAGGGAUAUCAAUUCUAGCCGUUGGAUGCGAACCGUGUAAGAGCAGUGUAGGGAUGCAUCGGCGUUUCAUUAUCUUCUGCGCAGGAGUUUACAUAGUUUAUGUUUGUUGUAGUAGCUGCCAAUUGUCAAAUUCUAU